GGACCCCUGACAACAACAUGAGCUUAAGUCAGAAGCUGGGAGGCUGAUACCACCUGGAGCUGCAGCCUCCACGGACUGCUUCCUACUUCCAGAACAAGACUAUGCCCACUCAGGGGCCCCAGAAGAGGCUUCUGGGCUCUCUCAACUCCACCUCCACCACCACCCCUCACCUUGGACUGGCCACCAACCAGACAGGACCUUGGUGUCUGCAUGUGUCCAUCCCAGAUGGCCUCUUCCUCAGCCUGGGGCUGGUAGGGCUGGUGGAGAAUGUGUUGGUCGUAAUAGCCAUCACCAAAAACCGCAACCUGCACUCUCCCAUGUAUUACUUCAUCUGCUGUCUGGCCCUGUCUGACCUGAUGGUGAGUGUAAGCAUCGUGCUGGAGACUACUAUCAUCCUGCUGCUGGACGCAGGCAUCCUGGUGGCCCGCGCGGCGUUGGUGCAGCAGCUGGACAACAUCAUUGACGUGCUCAUCUGUAGCUCCAUGUUAUCCAGUCUCUGCUUCCUGGGCGUCAUUGCCAUAGACCGCUACGUCUCCAUUUUCUAUGCACUGCGUUAUCACAGCAUCGUGACACUGUCCCGGACACAACGGGCCAUCGUGGGCAUCUGGGUGGUCAGCACCAUCUCCAGCACCCUCUUUAUCACCUACUACAAACACACAGCCGUCCUGCUCUGCCUUGUCACCUUCUUUCUAGCCAUUUUGGCACUCAUGGCGAUUCUGUACAUCCACAUGCUCACUCGAGCGUGCCAGCAUGCUCGGGGCAUCGCCCAGCUCCACAAAAGGCAGCACUCCAUCCGCCAAGGCUUCUUCCUCAAGGGUGCGGCCACCCUUACUAUCCUUCUGGGGAUUUUCUUCCUGUGCUGGGGCCCCUUCUUCCUCCAUCUCUCACUCAUCGUCCUCUGCCCUCAGCACCCCACCUGCAGCUGCAUCUUCAAGAACUUCAAACUCUUCCUCAUCCUCAUCAUCUUCAGCUCCAUUGUUGACCCCCUCAUCUAUGCCUUUCGCAGCCAGGAGCUCCGCAUGACACUCAAGGAGGUGCUGCUGUGCUCCUGGUGAGCAGAGAAGUGGCUUUCGGCCUCAUGGCCAGGGCGCUGGGCCGAGGGUGACAGUGAUACCCAGUGGCCUGCAUCCUGUGAGACCACAGGUACUCAUCCCUUCCUGAUCUCCAUUUGUCUAAGGGUGGACUGAAUGAACUCUAUAAUAGAAGCACAGAGUGCCUGGGGGAAGGGUAGCUGUGACUGCAGGGCUCACCUAGGGCAGCUACAGGAAGUGGAGGAGGCAGGCAUGGGGACUCUAGCCCUGGGCAAGGGUCAGAUCGUAGGCUCCUGGAGAGCUUCACCUCUCCCCACUGACAAGGUAACC